AUGUACAACUUCUAUUUGAGAAGGAAAGCCUUAGAUGAGCAACACGUUAGGCGGCAAGACCCAACAACUUACACCGAACCGCUUCAGGGAUCUCCCAUUACUGAGCAGUUCAUUUCCCUGUUUGCAAACAAGAUCAAACAGAAAGAAGAGAAGGACUUCUAUAGCAAAGAACAAUCAAAAUAUCCAGACCUGAAACUACAUUUUGAGAAGCUUGUACCUUCAGACGUUUCUUAUGAAGAAUUUUGGCGAAGAUAUGAGUAUCGAACCGAUCUCAAUCGUAUUAUGAAAGAGAUGAAGAGUGCCCGUAGAUCCCGAUCAUCGACUGAAGUGGCAAAGAGGGAAAUGCAUAGUCUGCGACGCAAGAUAUUCGAACGGCUGCAAGCGAAGGAUGCUUCUGCGCCUGCCACCAGCGAUUCAUCGGAUCCUGAUGAACAACCACCAGAUGAAGAUGGGAAUGGGAAUGAACAGAAUGGAAAGAAAUCGGAUGAUGUUUCAUUUCUUCAAGAGAUGGAAUCAACUUCCGAUAGCGAGUUCAGUGACUUUGGUGGGACAGACGUUCAUGUUUAUCCAGACAAACUGGAGGAGGAUGCAGUGCUCGAGCUGGAUCUGGAUCUAUCAGCAAGCGAAUUCGAUGCAGACGCUAUUGAGGAGCUUGGCAUGGAGUCUCACAUUCACAUUUACCCAGACUCGAUUCGGGAAGAAGCCGAAAUCGCAAAUCCUGGUGCGCUGAAGAACACGACGGAAGGCGGAAUGCAGCACGAUGAUGAAUAUGGGUCGCUAGAGUUCAACGAUAGUGAAUUUGGGUCCCUUGCACCAAUCGCAGACCCAAAUGAAGCUCCAGCCGAAGUCGAUGACAGCUUGAAAGUACUGGAUGAGGUAUAUGACGACGCUUUUAUAGAAGUUGACCCGUAUCACGAUGACAAAUCGGGUGAAGAUGACAAGUGCAAUUGUUUGUGUGUCAUCUCGUAA